UCCGCGCGGGAGCGGGACUAGCCCAGGCUGAACCUGCCGCGCCUCCCGCCGCUGCUGCGUGUCCCGUGGGGGUGUCAGUGGCGCCCCCGGCGGGCGGGCGGGUAGGGCCGCGGGGGUCCGGCCCCUUCUCUGGGGGGCCCCGGGGGCGGGGCGAGGCGGCCCCGGCGGAUGGAUGAGCUGCUGGGCUGUUCCCGGCGCAGACCCGCCGCCGCCGCCGCAUGGAGACCGGGCCGCGCUAGCAGGUGCUUCAGGGAACCAGCCAGGGCUGUCCACUGCCCCCUCACUCCCCACAAGGCCCGGAGACAUCCCCCGCAGCACCCAGAUGGCUCGACAGGACAUACCCAAGGACCAGUUUCAUGCUGUGGGAAUCAUCUUCUUCAUCUUGGGUCUGGGCACCCUCCUGCCCUGGAACUUCUUCAUCACGGCCAUCCCGUAUUUCCAGGCCCGGCUCAUUGUGGGGACCAGCUCGACCGUGGGCCUGGGUGGGAACAGCUCUGGGACACAGCAGGACCCAGCCCACGAUUUCAACUUCAACAACUGGCUGACGCUGCUCUCACAGCUCCCGCUGCUGCUCUUCACCCUGCUCAACUCCUUCCUCUACCAAUGCAUCCCGGACAAGGUGCGGGUCCUCGGCAGCAUGAGUGGCAUCCUCCUCCUCUUCAUCCUCACGGCCGUGCUGGUCAGGGUGGAAAUGCCCCCCCACAGCUUCUUCUCCAUCACCAUAAGCUCAGUGUGGUUCAUUAACUCAUUCUGCGCCGUCCUGCAAGGCAGCCUGUUCGGGCAGCUGGGCACCCUGCCCCAGGGCUACAGCACUCUCUUCCUGAGCGGCCAGGGCAUGGCCGGGACCUUUGCCGCCAGUGCCAUGCUGCUCUCCAUGGCUAGUGGUGCGGAUGCGCAGACGUCUGCCCUGAGCUACUUCAUCACCCCCUGUGUCGGGACCCUGAUCUCCAUUGUCUGCUAUCUGGUGCUGCCCCGUAUGGCCUUCUUCCAUCACUACCUGGAGCGGAGUUGGCAGCGUGACCCAUGCAAUGAGCUGGAGACCAAGGCUGGGCUGCUGGGCCCCGAGGAACAGAGUGGGGAACAGUCGGAGAGGCCUGGGGAGGAGCCACAGGGCCCGGAGAAGCCAAUGCUGGGAAUGGCCAACGGGACACUCAGGACAUUGGAGGAGAUCAGUGUGGAGAGCCCCGGGAAGGGAGCCUUCGCCCUGCACAAUGGGACAGCCACCAGUGCCCAAAACGGGGGGCCGGGACCAGAGAGACCUUCAGUGUUCAGUGUGCUCCGAAAGAUCUGGCUGCUGGCACUCUGCAUUGUCAUGGUUUUCACUGUCACCCUAUCCGUGUUCCCUGCCAUCACUGCCACCGUCACCAGCACCUCGGAGAGCAAGCAGUGGAGUGAGUUCUUCACCCCUGUUUGCUGCUUCCUGUUGUUCAACAUGAUGGACUGGCUGGGCCGCAGCAUCACCUCAUACUGCCUCUGGCCAGAGAAGAGACUAUGGCUACUGCCCCUGCUGGUGGGCCUGCGCUUCCUGUUUGUGCCCCUGCUGAUGCUGUGCCAGGCCGAGCCCCGCACCCGCCUGCCCGUGCUCUUCCACCAUGACGCCUGGUUCAUCCUCUUCAUGCUGCCUUUCUCGCUCUCCAAUGGCUACUUUGUCUCGCUCACCAUGUGCCUCGCCCCCAAGCAGGUGCUGCCACAGGAGAGUGAGCUGGCCGGAGCCAUCAUGACCUUCUUCUUGGCACUAGGGCUGUCAUGUGGGGCUGGGCUCUCCUUCCUCCUCAAGGCCCUGCUGUGAGCCCCCCUCAGAUCCGUCCCUUCAUCUUCCAGCAGCUCGUCUGAGUGCACCAUCAAACUGGGGGGCUUAGAAUGGGAGGGAUGGGGGGACUUUGCAUAGGAGGGGGGGGCUGGUACCUCCUGACUUCCUCCUUUCUUUCCAUAGGCAUCAUCUCAGCCUGGUGGGUGUAAAGAUUAGUGUCCCACCCCAGUCUCCUGUUGCAAGGGGUUGCCAUCAGGGGUUGCCCCCCCAGCCCCAUUCUGCUCCCCACCACUGUUCUAUAUGAAUUCCAGCAAAGGGAAUGUCUAUAGACUGGUGUGGCGGAGGAGGAAAGGGUUAAUGUAAAGAGGUAUCUGGGGUUUUAAUGUAUUUAUUUGUGGGGCUCCUGGGCUGAUUUUGGCUGGCUCCUGAGCCCAGGUGCGGGGCUGAGCCCCAUGCGGCGCCUUGGGCUACACAAAGGACACCACCGCAUACCACUUUGCCUGGAGAGUCAGACAGAGCCCAGGACUCCUGGGUUCUGUCUCCAACUCCUGCCCCUUCGCCCUGGGGUUGAGGAAGGGGAGGACCCCAAGGGUUGCUGGGGCUUUGCCUCUGCUGCAGAAACGCACAUCCAAGCCAGACUGCUGGCUGGGCUCUAAAGGGUUAAAUAUCCCCUCUCUCCUGACCCCCAUACGGGUCCUAGCUCCUGGAUGGUGGCUACUGCCCUUCAGAAGGAAUAUUGCCUAAUGGGUAGGACAGGAGAUGGGAGCAAGGACACCUGGGUUCUGUCCACAGCUCUGGGAGGCGCGUGCUGGCCACUUGAUUGUAAACGCUUUGGGGCAAGGUCUUGUCUGUGCUCUGAAGUGCCUACUGUGCACUAGGUUAGUGGUUCCUAAACUUCCCUUUCACACAGCAAGCUUCUGAGUGCGACCCUUGCCCCCUUAUACAUUAAAAACACUUUAUGUAUUUAACACCAUUAUAAAUGCUGGAGGUUUGCGGGUGGAGGCUGAGCGCUCGCGACCCCCCCCCAUGUAAUAACCUCACGACGACCCCCAGUUUGAGGGGGGAAAAACCCUGCCUUAGGUGCUAGAUAAAUAAUAGUAGUUAGAGUAGGUGUGGCUGAGAACCAGGACUCCUGGGUUCUACUCGUGGCUCGGGGAGGGGCUGAGAGCCGGUCACUUUAGGGGAAACUGACGCAUAUUCUGUCCCUUAGUGGAAGGUGCUGAAGGACAAUAAUCUCAUGGACUGGAUAAGGGGCUUCCCUCCUCAACCCCUGCUGACCCCAGUUCUUGAGCCUGCCAGCCAGGUCUCCAUUAGCACCCCCAGGGCUGGCACAUCUCCUCCCGGCAGUGCCCUAAGAAGGGAAAGAAACCUCUUUUGUUAUUAACUCUCUAGUGUGUCAAGGGUUCAUUUCUUCACUGGAACCUCUGCCCCUUUGUGUCUCCCCCAGAUUCUUCUCUCCACCUUUAGGACCUUAUGGUGGUUAGAUCCGCCAGCCAAAGGAGCGAUUCCUCUAGCAGCCAUGGCCCAGCCGCUAGUAGGCGGCUUUGUGCUACUGGAAGAGCUCAAGGGCGGCUCGUGGGCAGGUCUGGCGACUCAGCAGCCCUGGCUUUGGUUCCCUGCUGUGCCCCGGAUUCCCUGUGUGACCUUGAGCACGUCCCUUAGCCUCUCUGUGCCUCAAUUUCCCCAUCUGUAGAAUGGAGACAUUAGCACUGCCCUGGCCUCCCCAGUGCAUGAGGACAUAUUCAGUUCAUGUUGCGAAGCGCCCAGAUAUCAUGGUGGCAGGUGCUAUAGAAAUCCCUGUCGGAGAGAGAAGGACAUGGUGGCGUUUUUCCCGUUUGGCUUUAUUGUGUGCAUGGGGCUGGGGGGGGGGCUGUUUUAUUGUAUUUCAUUGCCUGCUUUUGGCUCUU